GGAGUAACAGUGCCCUCGCCGCGCCUUCCUCCUCCUCCUGCCGGCGCCGCUGCCGCCGCAGCCGGAACGUUCGGCCUGGGGCGGCUGGGGUUGAGCCCGUGCGCGCCGCGCCCUCUCACUCGGGGUGGGGAACACGACUGGCUCCCCGACCCUCCCGCGGAAGGCCCUCCUCAGCUUUCGCGUGGUCUGGAGGCCCCGGGGCUCCUUCCAAACAGCCCCCGACUGAGUCCCGUCCAGUCGGGGACCCUCCACUCUCCACUAAGGAGGAGUGGACACCUGCCGCUCUGCCUCCCUAAAACGAGGUCGUCUCCUCACACCCACGCAGACGGCAGAGAGCUUCACGAUCCCCUUUCGCCCAGUUUUCCAAUUCCAGAACCUCUGACCUCCGCUAGUUCCUACCGGCCCCUUCCUCCUGCCCCGUCCACGCUCACGGGGAGGCAGCCGCGACCCCAUACAGCCUGGGUCUGGCUCGGUGCCUGCGGGCUCCUUCCAGACCACCCCUCCUCUCUUUACUGCCCCCCCCCCAGCCUCCUCCGCUCGGUCCCCUUGUCACCUCUUGGAGCCCUCUCUUAACCAGGAUCCAGUGGGUACCUCCUACCCCAGGAUGUGAGUCCCUGUAACCUGUAAUGCUGUGGCUGGCCCUUGGCCCCUUCCAUGCCAUGGAGAGCCAGGUGCUGGUGAUUCGUAUCAAGAUUCCAAAUAGUGGCGCGGUGGACUGGACAGUGCACUCCGGGCCGCAGUUACUCUUCAGGGAUGUGCUGGAUGUGAUAGGCCAGGUUCUGCCUGAAGCAACAACCACAGCGUUUGAAUAUGAAGAUGAAGAUGGUGACCGAAUUACAGUGAGGAGUGAUGAAGAAAUGAAGGCCAUGCUGUCCUAUUAUUAUUCCACAGUAAUGGAACAGCAAGUAAAUGGACAGUUAAUAGAGCCUCUGCAGAUAUUUCCAAGAGCCUGCAAGCCUCCUGGGGAACGGAACAUACAUGGCCUGAAGGUGAAUACCCGGGCUGGACCCUCUCAACACGGCAGCCCAGCAGUCUCUGAUUCACUUCCAAGCAAUAGCUUAAAGAAGUCUUCUGCCGAACUGAAAAAAAUAUUAGCCAAUGGCCAGAUGAAUGAACAAGACAUACGGUAUCGAGACACUCUUGGCCAUGGCAACGGGGGCACAGUCUACAAAGCAUAUCAUGUCCCGAGUGGAAAAAUAUUAGCUGUAAAGGUCAUACUGCUAGAUAUUACACUGGAACUUCAGAAGCAAAUUAUGUCUGAAUUGGAAAUUCUUUAUAAGUGUGAUUCAUCAUAUAUCAUAGGGUUUUAUGGUGCAUUUUUCGUAGAAAACAGGAUUUCAAUAUGUACAGAAUUCAUGGAUGGGGGAUCCUUGGAUGUAUAUAGAAAAAUUCCAGAGCAUGUCCUUGGAAGAAUUGCAAUAGCAGUUGUUAAAGGCCUUACCUAUUUGUGGAGUUUAAAGAUUUUACAUAGAGAUGUGAAGCCCUCCAAUAUGCUGGUAAACACAAGAGGACAGGUCAAGCUGUGCGAUUUUGGAGUUAGCACUCAGCUGGUGAAUUCUAUAGCCAAGACGUAUGUUGGAACAAAUGCUUAUAUGGCGCCUGAAAGAAUCUCAGGAGAGCAGUAUGGAAUCCAUUCUGAUGUCUGGAGUUUAGGAAUCUCUUUCAUGGAGCUUGCUCUUGGGAGGUUUCCAUAUCCUCAGAUUCAGAAAAACCAGGGAUCUUUAAUGCCUCUCCAGCUUCUGCAGUGCAUUGUUGAUGAGGAUUCGCCCGUCCUUCCGGUUGGAGAGUUCUCCGAGCCAUUUGUACAUUUCAUCACUCAGUGUAUGCGAAAACAACCAAAAGAAAGACCAGCACCUGAAGACCUGAUGGGCCAUCCGUUCAUCAUGCAGUUCAAUGACGGAAACGCCGCCGUGGUGUCCAUGUGGGUGUGCAGGGCGCUGGAGGAGAGGCGGAGCCAGCAGGGGUCCCCGUGACACCGCAGAGGGGCACUGACAGCCCAGGACUGGUCACCAAGGGGACAACCCACCCAUUGCGCCCCCUUUCUGUUUGCCAUCUGCACCAGAAGAGCUUUGCUGGGCCCGGCUGCCCUGCUCUCACCUUCAACUCUGCUGGCAGAUGGCCUAGCCCGGGGAGCCCUCCACAGUGGCCAGCCCCUGCCCCCUCUCGUCUGGAGGCACUGACGGGGGUGGGCAGAGGGGUGGGGGUAUCAAGAACAGAGGCUUCGGUGCCCCGCCCCUCUUUUUUCCUAACAUUUUUCUUUGUAAAGGGUCAGGCCCCAUCAGCAUCACUGAUGGGAAUAAAAGUAUUACUGCUACGUGACUGCC